ACAGUAAUAACCCAAAAACCUUUGCUGAAAUGAGAAACCACAACAACCACCCACUCCUCCACUCACCAAAUCCAUUGACAACUUUGGGAUAUUUGGAAAUAAUUCACAAAAGUAUGAUACAGAUUCCAUUUCCUAUUAUUACUACUAGUACUCACUAGCAAAUACUUUACCUAAUUAAUAUAAUCUCCACUGUAUCUCUUUUUUUGACUUUCAACGACUCUCUAUUUCUCUCUUUCCCACUUUCUCCAGUGUCCAUAUACGAUACAACCAAAAACUCAACUCUCAAACUUUUCAAACCCUUAUCUUCUUCUUCUUCUUCUUCUUCUUCUUCUUCUUCUUCUGAAUAUCUUCUUAACUUCUGAUCAAACUCUGAUUUUUUCUUUUUUCUUUUGUGAAGCUGUGCACGUGAAAGGGAUCUCAAAUGUAUUCUAAACUAUCACCUCUCUACCCCGUGAUUCCAUUAUGUCUUUUCUUCUGUUCACACAGUCUGUCUUCUUUCUGAUCUUUUCCAUCCACCUUCCUCCAGCUCCAGACACCAGAUUAUGGGGUUGUCUCUAUGGGGAUCUCUCCUGUUCUUCUCCUUCUUCGUCAAGCAUCUGACAAGCUUAGAUCCCAACACCGACGCCUUUUAUCUCUCUCACUUCUUCUCUGCAUUGAAGUUACCCCAAGCUCACACUUUUUCUUCUUCGUGUUCAUGGCCAGGAGUGGUUCUCUGUGACUCUAGAGACAACGUUCUCCAUAUUACAGCGUCUGGGUUGGACCUGUCUGGUUCCAUCCCUGACAACACCAUUGGGAAAAUGAGUAAGCUCCAAACUUUAGAUCUCAGUGGAAACAAGAUUACGUCUCUGCCCUCAGAUUUGUGGAGUCUGAGCUUCCUCGAGACUCUCAAUCUCUCUUCCAACCAGAUUUCUGAGCGUCUUCCCAGCAACAUCGGCAAUUUCAUGUCCCUUCAGACGCUUGAUCUUUCUUUCAACAGCUUCUUCGGUGAAAUCCCUGCCGCUAUAAGCUCCCUUGUCCGUCUAACAACUCUCAAGCUCCACAACAAUGGUUUUCAGUUUGGUGUCCCUCCAGGACUUCUCAAUUGCGGAUCUCUAGUCUCCAUCGAUCUCUCAUCCAACCAGCUCAGCGGGUCUCUGCCUACUGGUUUUGGUUCGGCAUUCCCACAUCUAAAAAGCUUGAACCUUUCACGGAAUCUGUUUCAGGGCUCACUGAUAGGAGUCUUGCAUGAAAACGUGGAAACGGUUGAUCUCAGUGAAAACAGAUUUGACGUGCAUAUCUUGCAGUUAAUACCCGGCCACAAACACAACUGGUCUAGUCUGAUUCAUUUUGACUUGUCCAACAAUCGCUUCGUCGGCCAUAUAUUCCAUGAUUUGAGUUCAGCUCAUAAGCUGGAACACCUUAACCUCGCGUCCAAUCGUUUCAAGGCACAAGAAUUCCCACAAAUCGGGAAGCUUUCAGCGCUGCAUUACCUGAACCUAUCAAGGACCAAUCUCACUCAUAUCAUACCGCGUGAAAUCUCGCGGCUGAGUCAUCUGAAGGUUCUUGAUCUCUCCUCCAAUAAUCUCACUGGCCAUUUGCCAAUGUUGAGCCUCGAGAACAUUGAGAUACUUGAUCUCUCGCUGAAUAAGCUUGACGGAGACAUUCCAAGGCCAGUUCUGGAGAAACUCCCCAUGAUGCAAAGGUUUAACUUCUCUUUCAACAAUCUAACCUAUUGCAACCCCAACUUCUCACAAGAAACAAUCCAGGGAUCAUUCAUAAACUCCACAAACAACUGCCCCUUCGCUGCAAAGCCGAUUGUUAUAAAUGGUAAGAAAGUCAACAAGAAGAAGACAGGGCUUAAGAUUGGUUUGGGAUUAGCAAUCUCCAUGGCGUUCUUACUCGUAGGACUGUUGAUCAUACUAGUGACUUUGAGAAGCAGAAGAAAAACAAGAACUUGGGCAACAAAGCUAGCCACAACAAACAACACAGAACCAAACUCGCCAGACCAAAAUGAUUCAAUCACAUACAUCAAGCAAGCAACGCAAAUCCCUGUGGUAAUGAUCGACAAGCCAUUGAUGAAGAUGACACUUGCAGACCUCAAGACUGCGACUUUCAACUUCGAUAGAAGCACAAUGCUAUGGGAAGGCAAGUCUGGUCCUACUUACGGAGCAGUCCUAGUCAACGGAUUCAGAGCAGCUUUAAAAGUUAUCCCAAGUGGAACCACAUUGACUGAUAUAGAAGCCUCCAUAGCCUUUGAACGCCUCGCCAGAAUCAAUCACUCAAAUCUUGUCCCGCUUUGUGGGUACUGUAUAGCCACAGAACAAAGAAUUGCUAUUUACGAGGACCUCGACAUGGUUAAUUUGCAAAGCUUACUCCAUAACAACGACGACGAUUCUGCAACGUGGAGACUUCGACAUAAGAUAGCUUUAGGGACGGCGAGGGCUUUAGCUUUCCUUCAUCAUGGAUGUAUUCCUCCAAUGGUACACGGAGAAGUGAAGGCUGCAACAAUAUGGUUAGACUCUAACCAAGAGCCACGGUUAGCAGAUUUUGGUUUAGUCAAACUCAUGGACGAGGGGUUUCCCGGUUCCGACGAAUUAGACGGGUACACGUCACCGGAGCAGGAGCGAAAUGCUUCUCCGACUCUAGAUUCCGAUGUGUAUAGUUUUGGAGUUGUUUUGCUUGAGCUUGUGAGCGGGAAGAAGCCGGAUGAAGAAUUGGUGAAUUGGGUGAGAGGAUUGGUUAGGCAGGGGCAAGGAUUGAGAGCCGUUGAUCCGACGGUGAUGGAGACAGGUUCGGAGGAGGAGAUUGCGGAGGCGGUGAAGAUAGGGUACUUGUGUACCGCCGAUCUGCCAUGGAAGCGACCUACGAUGCAGCAGGUUGUUGGGCUUCUCAAAGACAUCUCUCCGAACAGUUGAUGGGCCAGUUAGUGGGCCUUGAUACUGGGCUAAUCACAUACUUAACAUAAAUAUUAUUAACAUGGUCUCUCACAAAAAAAAACUCUACAGCUUUGUAAUGUUUAUUGUUGAUUUUUGUGAUUUUAGAAGAAAUGAGAGAGCGGUUUAUAUGUAAA